AUGAGAGACCUAAUUUUAUUUUUAAGUUUAUUGCAAACGAUAUUUGCAUCACUUUUCAGUUUAAAGCCACCCAGUGAAGAUGAUUUCUACAAAGCACCUGCUGGUUUUGAAGCUGCCAAGCCAGGGGAUAUUUUGAAAUCGAGAAAAUCACCUAAUAAGCCAAGUAGCUUAUACUCCCCUGUUGAUGUUCAAAAUUCAUGGCAACUUUUGGUCAGAUCGGAAGAUUCGUUUGGUAAUCCAAAUGCUUUUGUCACAACAAUCAUUCAACCCAAAAAUGCCGAUCCAUCAAAGAUUGUGUCUUAUCAGAAUUGGGAAGAUGCUUCCAACAUUAAUUGCUCUCCUUCAUAUGGUCUGCAACUUGGAGCUCCAUUAACCACAAUACUUACCCAAUUGGAUAUGACUUUCAUAGUUCCUCCAUUGAAAAGUGGCUACUAUGUUGUUCUUCCAGAUUAUGAGGGACCCAAAUCAACAUUUGGUGUGGGAAGACAAUCAGGAAAAGCUACAUUGGAUUCCAUCAAGGCUGUAUUGAAAACUAAAGAUCUUUCCGGUAUUAAUAGUGAUGCCAAAGUUGUAUUAUGGGGGUAUUCUGGAGGAUCCUUUGCCAGUGGUUGGGCUGCAGUCUUGCAACCAGAAUACGCGCCAGAAUUGAAGGAUAAUUUACUUGGUGCUGCUUUAGGUGGAUUUGCUGCUAACCUUACUGGUAUUGCUGAGUCCGUGGAUGGAGAGGUAUUUUCUGGAUUUAUACCACUUGCAUUGAACGGGAUAGCAAACGAAUAUCCUGAUUUUAAAAAGAGGUUAUACGAGGAAGUUAAACCCAGUGCCAAGGCAGACUUACAAAAAGGAGCACAGAAUUGUUUAGCUGCAUCGCUUAUCAGUUAUCCAAUGUAUCAAUAUUUCACAGGUCCAAGAAGGGUUUUUGAAAAGGGAUGGUCGUUGUUGGAAGAUGAAGCAAUCGGCAAAACAUUACAAGACAACUUGCUUAUCGCUUUAAGUAAAGAUCACAUGCCUGAGAUCCCCAUUUUUGUGUAUCAUGGAACAAUUGAUAAAAUCAUUCCUAUCAAGGAUUCACUUAAGAUAUAUCAGAAUUGGUGUGAUUGGGGAAUUGGAUCAUUUGAGUUUUCCGAAGAUAAGCUGAAUGGUCACACCACAGAAACAGUAGUUGGAGCACCAGCAGCAUUAACAUGGAUAGAUGCAAGAUUUGCAGGAAAGCCUGUUGUUAAAGGGUGCCUGUUUACAUCCAGGGCAUCAAAUUUCUUGUACCCUAACAUUUCCGAAUCAGCUGCUCUGUACUUCAAAGGAAUAUAUCAAACGAUUUUGAGAUCGAAAUUGGGCGCAGGUGUUACUUCUGAUAAUGUUUCUGUAAGCGGGUUACGUAGCAUGUAUCAUGCCUAG